AUGGCAUUUGCAGCGAGACUGGGCGCGCUGACCGAGGAGCUGGUCGCCGCCGUCGUGCCAAAUGCAGAUCAGCUAGACGAGGGCAGUUUGAAGGUUCUGAGAGACGAAACUCUACACACUCUGCGCCUUCAAACCAGUCUCCGCACAAACCAGUUUGAGGUGCAGCGUCACCUCGAGGGCUUAGAGGAGCGGUUUCGCGUCCAGAACCGCGAAGGACUAGCCGAUGCUUUGAGAGAACGUCUGGACGCCCUUGACAAACUCUCGUACAAGCACACACCCGAAGUGCUGCAUCUUCUGCUGGAACUUUCCGAUCAGCCUGCUCAGAAAACACGGCUAGAAGACCUCGGGCUCCUGCGGCAACCUGCGCAUGGUCCUCAACCCGACCUCAAAUGGGAAGAUAUAGCUCGAGAAGACGACUGGGCUUCUGAUCGUGACCUCUUCCAAAAGGUCGAUUUCAGGAAUGACAGCUCCGACGAGGAGCUGCUUGAUGAUCGCUCAGAUGUAUCCCCAAGGUCCGAGGAAACGUCACUUUCCAGCAUUGAAGCGCAGUAUCGACGGCGGGCCACCGAUCUGAUUGUGGACUCCCAAGAUGAGGAAUCUGUAUUGGAAAAGGUGCGGUUAAGCCAUUCUUGGAGGCAUCAAGCCGCGCCGAACGCAAGGAAUGAGGGGAGCAGCAUAUCCGAGCUUCAAGCUGUGCGAGAGGCCCUGUUCAUGCUUAGGGGGCUUCGUAACGACUUAUUUAACUCCCAUUACACGGCCUCGGACUCGUUACAGCUGGAUCAUGUGUCGCCUCGUCUCCUACAAGGAUUGUUUGCCGAGUUCACGGCGGCUGGUCAGAGUCUGCACGUUCUGCGACACUUCGCAAGAAAAGAUCAACGAAUACCCCUUUUGCAGGUUUUCCGGGACACUAUAGAAAAGAGGCUUCGCGACUGUGACACUUAUCUGAGCCAUGUGGAGAGCAGCCUCAUCGAUAUUCAGGAGGACACUGUCAUAAGCCUGUUGAGAGUAUUGGAAGAUUUCAAACCUCAGCUCCAGCCACUUGCCGCAUUGUCAAGGGUUGUUCAACAGCUUGGCGGGGACGAGAACGCUCAGCCUUUUCGUUACUUGGAACUGCUCUUCGAGUCUGCCGGUAUGGCUCAAUUGGAGAGCAAUGACCAGGUUUAUUCCUUUCUGGGCACAAUGUUCUUCGAAUGCUUUCAGGUCUAUCUCCGACCCAUUCGCAGAUGGAUGCACGACGGGGAGCUACUCGAAGACGACAAGACAUUCUUCAUCUCUGGAGUACAGUCCCAAUUACCACUGAGCCAGGUCUGGCAGGACCAGUUCACACUACGCAAGACACCCGGCGGACUCUUGCACGUACCAAAGUUUCUCCAGCCAUCUGUCGACAGGAUAUUCAUAACUGGAAAGAGCGUGGUCAUUUUGAAGCUCCUUGGCAAACACAACGCCCAAGAGCAACAGAUGGUCGAACAUUCUAUGGACUUUCAAGCACUUGCUGCGUCCGAUUUGGGAUGCUUCACCCCCUUUCCGGAGCUGUUUGCUGUUGCAUUCGAGAGAUGGAUGCAAAGCAAGCAUAGUUCGGCUUCAGGCACACUGAGGCAUGUCCUAUUUGAGUCGUGUGGCCUGUGGUCUACGCUCUCCAAUAUUCAGCAUAUCUACCUCAUGGCUGACGGUGCCUUUUCAGAUGUGUUUGCCCACGCUCUCUUCACAAAUCUGGACUUAUUAAACCCGAGAUGGCACGACCGUUUUCUACUGACCCAGGCAUUUCAGGAUGCAUUUGGUACGGCCGUGGACAUUCAUCACGUCACCGUCUCGGCGAUUGAGCAAGCAGAUCAGGAUAUUAGCAAAGCUCGAGUGUCUGUACGCAGUUGUUUGCCCGCCGUUAAAGUCGUCUAUCGAAUGCCGUGGUCACUGCGUAUCAUAGUUUCCGAGGAGAGCAUGUCGGACUACCAGGCAGUGUUUACACUACUGCUCCAGAACCGUCGAGCACUCUAUAUUCUCCGAGGGCAGCGCAUCAAGACAGACGGCAUAGCACAACUGGACAAUGGGCAGGCCGCGUAUUACAGCCUCCGCGCCAGGCUCUUGUGGUUCUGCAGCUCACUGCAGACAUAUUAUUUUAACCUUGUCAUCGAACCUCUCGUUACCCAGCUCAAGGACAACCUCCAGAAGGCACCGGAUAUCGACUCGAUGUUGGAGAUACACUCGACGUUCGCAAAGCGGCUGCGCGAUGCUGUCUGUCUUGGCAGUAAGCUUGAUCCCAUACGUGAGUGCAUGUUAGAUAUCAUGGACGUUGCACUACGCCUCGAAUAUACACGCCAUGCCGAGGCAGAACGAAAAGUAAGUGCUGCCUUAGCGUCGACCUCUGCAGAUCCAUCGACAGACAGAGGGACAAAAUACAUGAACAUGAGCGAGGAAGAGGACGAGACGUUCUUGCCGGAGCAGGACUUGAGCGUGGUCGAAGCUACCGGCGCCUCGUAUGAUGAGACGCUGGCUGAGAUGCGGGUACAGUUUGAUAGACACCUCAGAUUCAUCUGCGGUGGGCUACGAGGGGUUGCCAGAGCGAGUGGAGACCUGGCUGCUGUGCAAUGGGAUACUUUGGCUGAAAUGCUGGAGACAGGCUUGGCAGGUGCAAGGGAUCAUCCGUGGUGA